GCGCGGGCGUUUAUAAGCCGCCGCCCCGCCAGCCUCAGCGUACAUCGCGCCGAAGCUUUGAAGUGCUGUGUGAGCCCCGCACCUCCAGGGCAGCGGUCAGAAUGGCCUCAGAUGAGGGAAAACUCUUUGUCGGUGGACUGAGUUUUGACACCAACGAACAGUCAUUGGAACAAGUCUUCUCUAAAUACGGACAGAUCUCUGAAGUUGUUGUGGUGAAAGACAGAGAGACUCAGAGAUCCAGAGGUUUUGGCUUUGUUACUUUUGAAAACAUAGAUGAUGCUAAAGACGCGAUGAUGGCCAUGAAUGGAAAGUCUGUAGAUGGACGUCAAAUCAGAGUUGAUCAGGCUGGAAAAUCAUCAGAGAACAGAUCUCGUGGAUACAGGGGGGGAUCUUCUGGAGGCAGAGGCUUUUUCCGUGGCGGCAGAGGUCGGGGCCGUGGCUUCUCCAGAGGUGAGGGAGGUGGAGAGAGAGGCUAUGGUGGAAGCAGAUUUGAUUCCAGAAGUGGAGGAUACAAUGGUUCCAGAGACUACUAUAAUAGCAGCAGGAGUCAAGGUGGCUAUGGAGACAGGUCUUCAGGAGGGUCCUACAGAGACAGCUAUGACAGUUACGGUAAGUCUUGGUUCAAACGGGAACCAUGAGUAUGUUUGUGUAGGAACUUCUAAACCUUCUGACCCUGUGCUGGAGUCUGGAAAUACUGUAAGGCUCAGCUGGACUGUACCACUAUUGCUGUUCUUGCCCCUAAGAACCAAUCUGCCAGGCUUUGGACGUGGUUGUGCCGUUUUAAGUUUCUAAUUUGUAAUGCAUGUGUAGGAGUUGCUUGGAUCUAAGGCAAAGCAAGUGUUUAAAAUAAGUUCCUCGAGCGUGAGGCUGAGACCAAACUCAGAUGCCCUAACAAACAUUAAUCAAGGGUGGGGGAGUCCUCGUGCGGUGUAGCCAUCUAGCACUAGCUUCUGAGAUAAUGCAAGGGACUAAAAUGCUGGAACUUGUCUAUGCUUCAGUGCCUUUACAAUUGUGCCUGCUUCUUGUCCUCAGCUACACACAACGAGUAAAAAUCCUUCCUGACUCAAGAUCGUCCUUCCAAUGGCUGUAUUUAUAAAGAUUUUUGGAGCUUCGCUGAAAUCGUUAUUGUGUAGUACAUCUCCUUGUAUUUCCACUUUUGUAGUAUUAUCAGUUCUAAUCUUGUCAAACACAGCCUGACAGCUUCUGAUUACAAUAUGGCCUAAUUAGACUUUUCUUUUAAGAAAGCUCUGCUUUCAAGUGUUUUUAAUCUUUUUUGAAAGCACUUUGGAUUUUAUUUUAUCCUUCAUGACAAGCCAAGGUGUGUUGGUUUUGUUUUUGGUUUUUCUUUUUUUUUUUUUUUUUCUAAAGUUGUGAAGUUGGGGCCCCAAUUCAGUUUCUUUUGAGAUAGAAGGACCUUUAAUUCAAUGUUCACUGGAAGCUGAACAAGCUGUGGACUCUUAUUUUUUUCUUUUUUCUUUUUUUUUAAGUGCAUUACCUUCGUCUUUUGUAACAUUCCUUUAGUGUAGCAAGGUAGGAAUGCAGCCUGGGUACAAAUUGGAAGGCAAACCACCUUGAUAUAUCUAAAGAGAACGUGCUUGUAUGUUCAACCUGCAUAACGGUAUUUUUACUGUUGUAAUGAUGUAAAAUACCCAGAAAUAGACUUGCAAACUUACCAUAAAAGAGGUUCUUGAAAAUGUUUAUUUAUAUUGUCCUUUUUUACUGGAAGAAAUAUGCAUAUUCCAUUGAUAUUGUAUUUGAAGUGGUAAAGGAUUCUUGUAUACAGUUUUCUUUGGCUUUACGAAGCCUAUUAAAAGACCGUCUGAAAUGAA